UCGGCAAACAAACAUCUUCGGCCGAAAUAACCUAAAGGCGAAGUGGCCAGUAAUCCCCAAAACAAUUAAGAACCGAGUUGGGCCGCCCUAAAUAAAACUACUCUCACCAAGGAACAGUGAAGGUGAUGGCUGGCUACCUGACCUGCCUGACGUGGGUGUUGCUGCUGGCUCUCUGUUACACGCCCCCUCCUGCUUACUCUGAGAACUUGGGGUUGUCAAGAGGCCAUGGAAACAGACACGUCCGGCAGGCAUUUGAAGAGGCUUCUUAUUUAUCUGGCAUUGGAGUUGAUGCGAGGUUCCCCAGCGCGGGAGCGAUAGUACACAACCCCAACAGUAAUUACCGACCACAAGUGGAGUUUGGUCCCAGACCUAGACCACGGCCCACCUGGUACUACAACCAGUACAACCAACACUACAACCAGUCUUAUUGGUACUAUAGAGGAUAGCCGCUGGUACUACCCCUGCAGCUACCACCACCAUCCUUACUAAUGCUGAGUUGUACCCCACCUCCGACCCGGGUGGGACAGAUCCUGUCUAAACACACAGAAGCUCGUCCUGUGUAUAGUCAACCUUCACUCUCUGAGGGCCAACUUAAACUGAACAUUCAUAACAAUAAUCUACCUUUGUCUUCUUAGGUUAACUUUAAUUAAAAAUCUGAUUGUGGAGAUUAAUUUCACCUUUAAGGAAUAGCUUAAGCUAAACAAACUAUAUGGAGUAUAAUAGCUUUAUUAUGUGGAGCUCUAUAGCUUUACUAUGUUGAGUUGAAUCCUUCCAUUUACUUUUAACAAUCACUGCUGAAUGUUCUUUAAGGUGAGUCUGCCAGGUUCCUUGAAAGUAGCAUAAAUAAAUGUUUAUGGGUUAAAUUAUGACAUCACCGUAAUUAACGCUCUGAGCUGUGAGCGUUAAUAAAAAUAUGAAGCUGAUAUGUAUCUGAGGUUCAGGAGCCUCACGUGUAUCAUGAGCGAGAGAGAGUGUAGGACUGAGGGUAGAGUCAGGCCAGGGGUCUGGUCCUUACUGUUGACAUAGCCAGGUCACAGGGCUAUAGGUCAGAUGCCAAGAGGUCAUCUGUUAGACAAGAAGAUUCAUUACCAUACAUCACUAACUUCAGUAUUAAAGAGAAAAUGGUAGACACUGGCUCAUAGUUUACUCACCGUGGGUGUAGUAAUUAUAUAGUGCACAUUUAUAUAAGUAUUACUGUCUGUUAGACAGGGGAUAAUGUAUAACCUAACUGUCUCAGAACUAACUACCGUCUAUAGUCGUUCAGAUUAAUAAUAAUUGUUAAGUCUCUCUACGCCUCAAGACCUUAAUACAAUUCUAUGAGGUGAUAAUGAAAAGUUUGUCUUAAGUCUUUUGAUAAAGUUUAGUGUUUGUUA